AUGGCAAAGCGCCUGCAGCCUAUUGGUUGUCUUCUGCCAAGGCUGUCAGAGGUGCGCAGCCAGUAUGCGGACGCGAGGGAGACAAUCAACAGGCUUGAAGCGGCCAUUUCGGAACGUGAUCGUGAAACGGAGGAGUCUGUCCAUGAUCGAGACCUCGAGAAGAAUACGCUGACUGCCAAAAUCACCGCCCUCGAGGCGAAAGCGGAGGAGGGAACCCAAGCCUAUGCACAAGCCCUGAAAGUUAAUGUAAGUAGACUUUAUGCAUUCAGUGUCUUGUUUCCUUCUACGGUAAACGGACUAGUCCAAACAAACACCACACCACACCACCAGCACCAUAACUUUACUCUCCGUCAUCGUCACCAGUAA